GUCUGUUUUCUAUUGCUGAACUAGUGUAUACGAGACGAAUUUGGAGUGUAUAGGUUAUCUUAAACAUUCUUAGAAACUUGGACCGGUUCCAGAAACGCGUGUCCAAGAUAAUUGAAUUUUCUCGAGCCAUUUCUUCUUUCCAUUUAUUCGACAACCGGCAGAGUAUGCCGAGUGUUUCCAGGACUCCGUAGAAAUCUCCGUUCGGUCAUGGGUCGGCCAUCCGGUCACGAUCAAACGUUUCUCCACGUGCUUCGUGAGGAGAAGAACAUCAGUAAUUUCUUAGACGCCUUCUUUGGUUUUUUAUAUAGAUGCACGGACUUCUAUGUCGAAGCGGACUCGGAGCAGAAAUUGGGCUUCCCACCGGGAGUGGCAGAGAAACUCGUACUGAGUACCAUGUACAGGUGGAAGAACACCACACCAUCUUUACAAAAGGCAACAUUGUCCGAUGAUGAUAGUACAAACAGCAGUGGUACAUUGGAUCAACUGGUUUUGACGCAAGACGAGAGCUGUAGAUUUACUCCACCAGUGGCGCAAGAAAUUGAAAUCGAUUCGUGUGACAAAUCUAACGAUGUUAAACCACCCUCCGCGCAAUCGCUCAAGACGAAUCAUGCGUCGGACAGUUACAACGGAGCCGUGAGAGAAAAUUACGUUUGGACCCAGACUCUCAGCGAUUUGGAUGUACUUGUAAAAGUACCCGAACAUAUAAAACCGUCCAAAGAUACGGUCAAAAUCGAUAUAAGCUCGAGUGAGAUCAGAAUUGUUGGGAAGCCUUCUGCUUCAUCAGCAAAUUCCGAAUGGGAUAGCAUUAUUCAUCUUGAAAAGGCUAUGGAAAGAUGGUGGGAAGCCCUAACAGUUGACGAACCGAAAAUUGACUUAAACAAGAUUGACUGUUCGAAACAUUUUGACGAUAUGGCGCCAGAGGAGCAAAUGAAAGUGCAGGAACUGAUGUGGAAUUGCCAGCAGAAGGUCUUAGGCAAACCAACGUCUGAACAAAUUAAAAUGGAGGCUACUUUGAAGCAGGCAUGGAACGCGAAAGGAUCGCCUUUCCAGGGUACACCUUACGACCCUUCUAUUUUAAAAUACAAUUAAUGUAUGCCAGUAUUUUUUGUGGGAAACAUUCACAAACGUAAACUCGCCUCGUGGGAAGAAUCGAUGCCACCCAAUAUCAGUUCACCGCCGAACACGCCCGUGACAUUUCGAUUUAGAUAGAAGCUAAAAAUUUGUUGGGACACCAUCUCUCGAUUAAUCAUGUUUCGGAAAACAGAAGGAUUAUUAAAGUGAGAUAAGGCUGGAUAACCCAUCCCCAGAACGCCGUCGCAUUGUGCAGAGUCCCAAAAACUUGUCGAGAAAUUGUGCGCUACUCCGAAUGUCUGAUAGGAUGAAACCUUAAGGCCAGCAAUAAUUACUACAUCUGCAAAUAAAGACUGCCAUAUACCCUUA